AAAAUUGUGAAAUUUAAGGACUAAAAUUUAAACCAAAGCCAAGGUGGACGAAACUUAAAUUACAAAAUAUGACGAUUGAUUAAAAAUCUGGUAAUAACACUAAAAACAACAAAAAAAUCUUGGGUGGAGCUUCUGAACUAGUCUAGUGCUGAGCUGAGUAAGCAAUGAAGAUCAACGAAAAGAAUCUGUGCCUGUUUGCCACUUCACCACCGGUGGAUUUAGAGGGCUGGCUUAAUAAGCGAGGCGAAAUCAACAAGAGCUGGCAGCGGCGCUGGUUUGUACUGAAGGGCAAUUUGUUGUUUUAUUUCGAACGGAAGGGCGACCGGGAGCCCCUUGGGAUGAUUAUCCUGGAGGGAUGCACCGUAGAACUGGCGGAAGAAGGCGAACAGUACUGCUUUCAAGUUAUCUUUCACGGUCCGAACAACCGGACGUACUACCUGAGCACCGAGUCGCAGGUGAAUAUGGAACAAUGGAUGAAGGCACUGACCUGCGCCGGGUACGACUACAUGAAGCUGAUGGUGGCCGAGCUGCAGCGCCAGCUGGACGAAAUCGAAGGUUGCAAGGAGAAAACACCGGAGGCGACGCCCCUCCCGGCGCCGAAGGCACCACCCAGGCGGCAAAAUCCCUUCAACAAAUCCACGGCGGUCCCGCUCGAGUAUGCCUCCAACAGUGCGGCCGAUUCGACGAGAGGUAACGUGGCACCAGGUGCUCCGGCAUUCCCGCUCGUCUCGCCCCAGGUGAUUAGACGAGCGCCAGCACCUCCGGUGCAAAAUAAUUCGUUUUCCUCUUCUGCGUUGGUUCAACCGCAGCUGACCAGCACGGACCGAGGAGCCGUUCAUCAGCCCGAACCAAGCCCUCAGGGGUCGGAAGCAAAACCAAGCAACAACGUACUGAACGUUGAUCUGCUGGCCAUUGCCGGCGAGCCGCUCGAGUUGACCUUCGCGCGGAUGCACACAACACUGGGCGCACCCGUUCAGGCAGAUUUACGCGAACGGAAAAUAGCAAUGGAAAAGAGCGAACCGUCGCUGAUUAUGUUCUGAAUGGUUUAGAAUCUGUGUACAAUCUUAUUCAUGUGACCACGCCGAUUCGGAAUAAUGGGCAGAACUAACGCCGAACGGUCCGCGAAAUGCAGCGUUCGUAGUACUACAGUAACUGUUAAUUGCUAGUUUGUUUGAAUAACUUGAUACGCUGCAAGCCAAUUGUUUUAGUUGAUCGUUCAAAGAAUUUAAUGACUUUUAUUAGGUAUUAUAUUUAUUAACGUAGGAGAUAUUAAUCAGUCAAAUGAUUAGGAGAUUAGGUAUAAGGUUUGGAAUCAGCCGCUGUAGAAAGUAGAAUCCAAAUGCCAAAUUUGCUUGUUCUGUUUUGUGAUAAAACUGUACAUUAUCUCGACACAAAAAAACUACCAUGACUAUGUCAAUGCAAUUUCGCUCAUUCGUAUCAUAAUGCUCAAAUGCACGAAAAUAACUUCCAUCUUGCAGUGCAACAUAUCAUUCAGAAGUAGAGGGAGAGAGAAAGGCCUUCGAUAAGCUUGCUUUAUUCUGUCGUUACAACCGUUUUCAAGACUUGCGGAUGACUUAUUUGAGGUUCGAUGGUGUUUGUUUUGUGAAACGUUCUAAUUGAGCAGCAGUUAUGAUAUUUGUACGGUUUGGUUACAAACUGUUUUAGUUGACUGUCUUUUAGUUUAGUUAGACUA